UCCUCCCCCUUCUCUCUCUCUUAAACUAGAGAAUGCCAAAGAAAUAUCACGAGCAUAAAGAUGGAGAUGAAGGCCUUUCCAUGUCAUGUUACCUUCAUCCAAAACAAGUUCUUGAAGGAGUUUGUCCUCUUUGUUUGAAUGAAAGGCUUCUCGUUUUGUUCUCUGCAAACAAGAAAGGAAAAGAAGAACAGAUUAAUGACAACCCAUCUCCUAACACAAAGAUCUUUGAUUUGGGCUCCAUUCUCAACCGUUUCGAGUUGAAACCAAAACAAGAAACCAAGAACCUCAAAACCCACAUCGAUCGAUCGCCCACUCCAGAAGAUUCCUUUAUAUCAAUUAGAUUUGGAGAUAAUGGAGUAGGAUCAUGGGAGAAAAACAAUCCAACUUCUAAGAUGUUGUCUCUCGAUCAUGUGAAGCCGCGUUCCACAAUGAGGUGGCAAAAGCAGAUUUGUCGCCUAUUUCGACUCGCAAAAUGGAAGAGACCCGACAAAGAUAUAUGUCAUGCGGAGAAAACAAUGGAAGGGAUUGUGAAGGGGAGGAAUUUGACUUUCAGAGCGUCGGUGUGAAUUAUUAAUAUUGUUGGAAGCAAUAACAAGUAUAUAUGUUAUAAAUAAAUUAAGUUGGAAAUGAAUCGGGAACUAUAAAUGAUCGAGAUGAAAAACUAUGACAAGUACAUGGUUGGUUUGUUUGUUUUUGUAUGUAUGUAGUAGGGACCUAUGUGUUUGAGACAAGAAAACUUGUAGGGAAGAGAUUUGUCCUAAAGAUUAUAUAUAAGCUGUUGGCCUUUUGUACUAGGACCAUAAUAAGGGAGGACCAUUAUAUAUAUAUAUAUAUAUAUAUAUACACAUAUAUAUGCAAUAUUGCACCUUGGAUUCUUGGCAUCAAA